CUACGCCGUGCGCUUUUACGCAGCUCUCGCGAGAAUACGUUCUCUUCCCAGGCCGUCGUUGUAUGAGACAUAGGCCAUGUUCAGUUCUAGCGCGAAAAUCGUGAAGCCCAAUGGCGAAAAGCCAGACGAGUUCGAGUCUGGUAUUUCCCAGGCUCUGCUGGAGCUGGAGAUGAACUCAGACCUGAAGGCUCAGCUGCGGGAGCUCAACAUCACCGCUGCUAAAGAAAUCGAAGUGGGUGGCAGCAGGAAAGCCAUCAUCAUCUUCGUGCCCGUGCCCCAGCUGAAGUCCUUCCAGAAGAUCCAGGUGCGGCUCGUGCGUGAGCUGGAGAAGAAGUUCAGUGGCAAGCAUGUGGUCUUCAUUGCUCAGAGGAGAAUUCUGCCCAAGCCAACAAGGAAAAGCCGUACAAAGAAUAAGCAGAAGCGCCCAAGGAGUCGUACUCUGACAGCCGUGCACGAUGCCAUCCUUGAGGACCUCGUCUAUCCCAGUGAGAUCGUCGGCAAGAGGAUCCGUGUGAAACUGGACGCCAGUCGGCUCAUCAAGGUCCACCUCGACAAGGCACAGCAGAACAAUGUUGAACACAAAGUAGAGACUUUCUCCGGUGUCUACAAGAAGCUCACAGGCAAAGACGUUGUAUUUGAAUUCCCUGAAUUCCAGCUGUAAAUGUGCAGAUGACAAAAUAAAUUUGUUUACUGUCA